AUGCCUCCCCGCCGCUCACCAUCGCCACUUCUAAGUUCACCGUUGCUCAUCAUCCUGUUCCCCAUUAUCAUCUCCAUCAUCCUUUUUUACGCCAUCCCUCAAUUCCUCUCCCUCACCUCUCAACUCCUCCGCCCCACCAUUUCCGUCAAGAAAAGUUGGGACUCCCUCAACGUGCUUCUCGUCAUUUUCGCAAUCCUAUGCGGCGUUUUCGCCAAGCUAAACGACGACGCAUCAUCCUCUGAAGAAGAUCGCAUUCCCGACACUAAUAUUCCGCACCCUUUGGACAACAUUCGUACAAACAGAGCCAACAUAUCGGAAUCGGAAUCAGCUGCAUCCCUACUUCCGCAACAAUGGUUUGGAUAUUCAGAUAGGAGGACGCCUGAAUCCGGCGGCGACCGGUUGAGUAGGAGCAGCAGUUCCUACCCGGAUCUAAGGCCACUCGGGCAGGACUCGGUGUGGGAAACUCGGGAUCACAACAAGUCGCAGUUUCACUUUUUCGACGACUUCGAAAUUGGUGAUUACCGUCGUGUCCCGCCAGUUUCACACCAACGGCGACCCAAGGAGUACUCUGAUGUAAUUAAGGAGAUUCCGGUGGAUACUUUUGUGCUUCACUCUUCUCCUCCGCUGCCAUCCAAGCCUUCGACACCACCACCUCCGCCACCUCCUCCGCCCCGUAAUCCGAAACCGAGAAGGACGUAUCAGACUGUUGGACGGAGAGAUCAAAAGACAGAGAAAGUAGUUAAUAAAAAUGUUAUUAAUGAGGCUGAAGAGUUGGAGAAAGUUCGAACUCCGCCACCGACGCCGCCACGUCCGGUCGCGCCGCCGUCACCAAUUCGGAUUAGAUCAGAGUCGAAGCGUAGAAAGAGCAAUGUGAAGAAGGAGAUAGCGAUGGUUUGGGCUUCGGUUCUGUCUAACCAGAGAAAGAGGAAGAAGCAGCACAAGGUCACCGAGAAGGGGAAUAUUUUUUCACAAGACAGCCACCAUCGCCACCUCCUCCACCGCCACCCAUCGCCACCUCCUCCACCGCCACCUCCGCCGCCGCCACAUUCUGUUUUUCACAAUCUAUUCAAAAAGGGAAUGAGCAAAACUAAGAAAGUUCACUCCGUCUUGACGCCUCCGACUCCGCCACCGCCACCACCGCCACCGCAGCCGGCAUUGCGAAAACACAAGAGUUGGAAUACUAGUUUCCCGCUGGCACCACCAACUCCGCCGAAACAACCGCCUCCGGCUACUUCCCGGCCGCGACACUCCCCCUCCAGUGGCCGGCCGCCGUUGCCAACAAAGGCGAACAGUUAUUUAUACGAUGGGAAAGUGAAUAGCGGCUGCCAGAGUCCGUUAAUUCCGGUGGCGCCUGCGCCACCUCCAUCGUUUAAAACGCCAGAGCUGAAGUUUUUUGUGCGCGGGGAUUUUGUUAAGAUACAAAGCGCGCAGAGCUCGCGCUGUGGAUCUCCUGAACUGGAGGACGUUGACGACGUUUAUGCAUCUCCACGUAAGGAAGAAGACAAGAAGUCAAAGUCCGAAGUACAGAGUAAAGUCAACGCGAUGGACGGCGGCAGCGGAUCCUCCGUGUUCUGCCCUAGCCCAGAUGUUAAUACGAAAGCUGAUAACUUCAUUGCUAGGCUGAAAGAUGAGUGGAGGCUUGAGAAGAUGAACUCAAUGAGGCAGAAAAUGAAGAUGCCCUAA